GUAUUAUUCAGAACUGCAUUUACUAAUGAGUUUUACAAUCGACGAUAGCAAAGGUACAUUAACAACAUGAAAUCAAUUGGUAACAGAAACUCAGUGUUCAUUAUCUUUUGUAAUUUAUCGAGACACCAUUGCAAAUAAUUGAUACAACGAUUCUUUGUUUCACCCGAAGAUGACUCAUAUACAGUCACAAUGACGUAAUUCGCAAGAACUGAUUGUUCACUGGAGAUAUAACUGUUGUUAAAAAUAAAAUAAAUAAGUACCUAUAAGGAGAAAAGAGUUUACGUAUUUUUAAAGAAAUUGGAGAUAAGCUUCUCAACAAAAUAUUGUUUCAGCAGUUAAAGAAAAUUCAUUUGACGUGUGAACGUUUGUAUAAGAUUGCAAUUAUAUCUAGUUGCUUGCGUAAGCACGAAUAACAGCACACGUUGGUGUUGCAGAAGAAUGUGGAUAAAAAGUGCAUGUUGGAAAUUAUAUGGUUCAAGGAAAAAGCUGUACAAAAAAAAUAGCAUGUUGCAAUGCACCGUUGAAUUGUAAAAUUGCGACGCAAUUUCGCCGCACUGCCGAGUGGAAAACACAUAUAGAUUGUGCUUGUGAUGUUGAAAUAUACAAAUUCUUCACUGAUUUCAAAGGAAAUAUGAAGAUGACACCUUAUGAGUUCAUCACUUAAGAGGAUCAUUUUUAUGACACUAAUUAAGAUAUAUUAAAGAGAUGAUAAUUUUUUUCAUGCAGCGAGAAAAUGACUAACCAAGAAAGCAUUCUAUCGACAUCUUUAUUAUCAAAUACAAGUUAUUAUGCAAAGACGGAGGAUGAACCAAUAGAUAACUUAUAUCUUGCGUUGAUACAGUGCUUUGGUAUUAUAUUAUGUGGGUACAUAGCAGGAAGAUUUGGCGUGAUAACCAAAUCUGCAGCAAAUGGCAUGAACACUUUUGUUGGCAAUUUUGCUUUGCCAUCUUUAAUUUUCAUGUCAUUGGCAAAACUUGACUUCACAUUGGUUAAUUGGAAAUUCCUGCUUGCUGUAUUGAUUGCCAAAAGUUGUGUAUUUAUUACAGUACUGAUAGUUUCAUUAGUAAUUAAAAAACCAUCAAAUCCUGGACGUGCUGCACUCUUUGCAAUAUUUACUACUCAAAGCAAUGAUUUUGCUAUUGGAUAUCCAAUGAUUGCUGCUCUAUAUGGAAAAACACAUCCGGAAUAUGCUGCAUACUUGUAUUUGAUGGCUCCUAUAUCAUUAGCUAUUUUAAAUCCAAUUGGCUUUGUACUACUGGAAAUAGGCAAACGUCGUGUGGAGGAGCACGCAAAUUGUAGAAAUAUGGUUUACUCCAUCAUGAAAGGUGUUGUAAUGAAUCCAGUAUUGUUUAUGACAGUCCUGGGGAUAGUAGGGAAUCUGAUCUUCAGGCACAAUGUACCACGUUUGCUCGCCUCGAUUCUCGAAGUGUUCGGCAAUGCUUUCUCCGCUAACGCAUUGUUCCUCCUUGGCUUAAUGAUGGUGGGAAAAGUGCAUAAAUUGAAAGGCACCGCGCUGGUUAUGCCAGGUAUAUUGAUCUUAGUCAAACUGCUAGUUCUACCUCUAGUCAUAAGAGAGUCUGUUAUUCUCUUGAACGCCGGCGAUGAUGUCAAUAAAACGACAGAUCUAAGCACGUAUGGCUUUCUAUACGGUACCAUCCCGACUGCGCCAGCUUUGUUUAUUUUCACUUUACAAUAUAAUCUCGAGAUUGAUUUAAUCGCGUCGGCGAUGGUGGCUUGUACGUUUCUUUCCGCCCCGCUCAUGUUUGUAUCGGCUAAAAUGAUCAAUGCAGUUCGCGCUGGAAUUACACCGGCUAAUUAUGCACGGCAGUUGAACGUUUUCUCCUUUGAUACGAGUGUUGCAUCAGCAGCAGCUUGUAUUUGGUUGUUGAUAUGUUUCCUUGGAUUUGGACGAAAAAGAUACAAUCAAGUUACUCACCGAUGCACUCUGUGUCUUAUAAUUGCACAGCUUCUAACAGCGAUAGGUGUGAUAAUUUGGUCAACCCUUGAUCCAAAUGGUCAUCAGACAAAAUUAUGGUAUAUACAGUUUAUUCUGAUAACUACUGGUGUAUAUGCAGGCAGAGUGUGGACAGCUACAAUUGCAGCAACAUUAUUAUUUCUAAGUUCACGGUCAUUGUCUUUCGUUGAACAUUUCCUGAAAUGGAUUUAUCCUAUUGGAUGGGGAAUACCACUUCUGCUGGCAGCAUUAACAUGCAGCAUUGUUGCACCGAGUCAGUCUGAUCUGGAUUUUCAAAACCCAAAUUUUCAAUUGGGAAGAUAUCAAGCUGCGGUGACUUCUUUUAUAUUGAUAUUUUGCUUUAUAGUGACUUUAGGUUGUCUGGUCUUACAACAGAGAUAUCAAAGAAGGCACACUGCGACGUCGUUUGAGCAUCUAGAGAACAAUGUAGAAAAUUCUACAGUGGAAAGUUGUGAGAGAAAUGUAGUAGACGUGGAAGAUUUAGUCUCCCCGUUAAUUAAUACGCCUGUAAUUGGCUGUGAAUUUCAAAAUGGUUGUCCGAAUGGAACAUGCAGAAAUGAUGGGGAAGAAUAUAAUUGCGAAGAAAACGAAACAAAUGCAGCUGACGAUCCGCAAAUUUUGCGACAUCUCGUUUUCCUCAUUUUACUUUUGUGUUCGAUGUUCAUUGGAUUAUCGAUUUCCAUAGGGACACUAAUAAUGGAACAAUUGACUGGCAUUUAUGCUGAACUUGCAUUCUUGGAUGUGGCGUUGAACUUUGGACAAUCGUUAAUAGCAUUUGCCGUCUUUGGAUUAGACCCAAGUCUGGGUAAAUUGGGAUGUUGGCUGCAACAAAUAUGCAGAAAAUGGCGCUCUGGAAAAGAACUACAACUUCCUUGUGAGGAAGCUCUUAGCCCGGAAGUAAAAGCGAUUCGAGAGCAGUUCAAUCAAUGUCAUUUAGAUGCAUGCCGAGCACAUAUAUCGAUGUGCCGUAGACGAUUAUUAAGAGUAUACAAAGGAGUCUUUUCGGGGACAGAUCUGGUCAACUGGCUAAUCCAAGUCGGCGUUGUCAACAAUCGAGAGGAUGCCGUACAAUACGGACGUUGCUUAUUAGAAAGCAGAGUUUUACAACAUAUUGAUGGUUCGCACCAUUUUUGUGAUGAAAAUCUUCUGUAUACGUUCAAUGCAUAGUUAAAUUUCCAUAUGCAGAACUUUUCCUGCGAGAUAGGCAAAAUUAGGUUUUAUUUGUAUUUAUAUUUUAAAUAAUGAAUAUAUUUAAGUGAGAAUAAUUGAGUUAUAAUAGUAAAAUUGCAAUUUUAUUAUAUAAAUUUUUUUAUUGACGCACUUUUCUCUGAUAUCGGCGUGAAAUAAAAUGCGGCACAGUUUAGAUUGCACAAUAAUGAUAGGUUCCUAUUAUUUAUCGAGAAAUAGCAUCAGUAUUACAAUUCAGUUUAAUUAUUUCAUUGUAAUUUUGUGUAAAAUGAUUACAGGCUGUGGUUAGUAUAUUACAUACUGCAUUCAUUCAAUGUAAAAAAUUUAUCAAGAGAAAGCUAUUUUUAUAUAUGAAUAUUUUAAUUGCCCUGAUUAUUAUAUACUGUAAUAAUAUUUAAUUGAAGAUAGGAAUGACGCAAAUAGUGAUUUUGAGAUGAAGCCAAAAAUUUUAUAUAAACGUUAGUCUUUAAUUUAGUUUUUAAUUUAGUUUUUGAUUGAUCUAUUAUUGCAGUGUUUUACAUUGAAUAUUUGAAUACUCUUCUUUUUAUUCCAAAUUAAUAUUUGAGACAUAUAUGAAAAAUUAAUA